AUGAGGAUAAUCACGAUAUUUUUCAUUUUACCCUCACUAGUCAGCAUAAUCUCUCUAUCAAGGUUCAAUGAUCGUGCACUUUGAUAGUUUGGCGUUUCCUCGUGAGGCAUUUGAUUGAAAAUUUAAUGGCUUGUCUCAUUAUCAAAACAUUUGGACUAAAGUUUCCAUAGAAAAUAUUAAAGUAUUAAUAGUGCACGAUUAUUUGAUAUGUAGCCCUCUCUAUCAGAGUCUAUAAUCGAGUUUUAUGAAGACCUAUUAAAACUAUAUACACGAAAUUUAGAACUAGAUUGAACUCAAGAUAAAGGAUACGGAUUGUAUGCAAAAAAAUCAUUUAAUUUACUCCCCUCCAUGAGAAACAAAAAAUUUUAUUUCGCUCAAGGAAAGGUUUAAUAUUUUUUUAAAACAUUCUAAAAUUAAGAAGUAAAAAUUAAUGUAAUUAUGAAAUUUAUGUUUUAAAAUGCAACCUGUUAAAAAAUAAACAGAAUUAGCUAGAGAUUUCAUUAUAAUAAUAUAUACCAAAAUAUUUUUUUUUUCAUAAAAAUUUUUGUUACUCACGGAGGGUAUACAGUGUCAUACUCACCAUAAGCAGCAGCUAUUGCUGUUUAUGGUGAGGGUAGAAUUGCAUAGGUGUUUUACCCCAAAAUUAGGGAUUUUUCCAAUCGCUUUGUCGCUUACUGAGGAAGUGGAGUUAGGAGAAACAGUAAUAGAAAUCCCCAAGUCUUUAUCUAUUUCUUCCUUUUCUGAUAUACCAUGCACGAAUGUAUUUCAAGGUUUAUCCCGAGAUUCCCAGCUUAUAAUAAAGCUUAUUUACUAUCAUUGCUCAAUAAACACUGACACUCAUACCCGAUACAUUAAAUCUUUCCCUUCUUUCCUCCCAAAUUUUCCAUUCUGGAAUAAAACCCAUUGAAAUUUCCUCAAAAAUCAUAAAUUUUCCUUUGAAUUUCCCUUAAAUGACCCAUUUUUUCUUAGUGAUUAUUCAUCUUAUAUCAAAAUUCUCCAAUCUCAUCAAAUUUUGUCAUCAUGUAUACUUUAGGUCUUCUUAUAGCUAGUCCUGAGCAAUCAUUUCCUGAUAAAAUCUGAUUUUAUGGUAAUUAAACUAAAAAUUAUAUCGGCCAAUUCUGGCCAGCCAAAACGAGACUCACUCUAUAUGCACUCAAUUGAAAAUUGAAAAUGAGGAAUAUCGAUGAUUCUUUCUAGAGCUUUUCUUUACAAUGUCAAUAAUACUGAAGAGCUUUUAAUAGCACCUAUUCUUGAUCUAGCGAAUUACGACCCAAGCUAUGUUGAAAAGUUUUGGUCCGGCUACAAAGUAGGACUAGGAGGAGAACUGAUAUUGAGAGCUGAAAGAAAUUUUGCAGAAAAUGAAGAAUUUGUAUGAAGUUAUGGGAGAAAGGAUAAAAAUAUAAUGCUGCUUAUGUUUUAUGGAUUUGCUGUAGAAAAUAAUCCUUAUGAUUACCUCCAAUAUGAACUUGGAGAUGAAAAAUCAUGCUUGGAGGAGUGGACCGCGGGGAAAUGCAUAUAUUAGAUUACGAUGGGUAUUUAUAGUCUUUACUUCCUGAAGCGCCGUGGCUCUCUCAAGGCAGCUUGAGCCAGGACCGAAACCCCCCUGUUUCUCGGUAGAUAUGAUCUUUAAAGCCAAAUUUUUCAGGAAGCCUUUAUUUCAAACCCAAGUGCCAAAAUUGUCCAACUCUGCAUAGCAUCUUCCAGAUCGUCCUAUUGAGGUACCCUUUUAGACUGGAGAGACUAGCCCUGAAAUAUUUGCUUAGCCUGUUUUCCCCUUUUUCUCCGGACUAUUCCGAAAAAAAUUCAAUGUGUGUGCAGUCCAUAAAAGCAGCUUAGGCAGGUAAGUCACCCUACCUCUAUUGGACACUCAUCUGGGCCUAGGCGUUGCUGGCAAAAAAGAUGUAAAAAACUUCCACUAGCCGGCACUAAUCAGUGGAAAUAAUGCUAGGCCUCUCGCUGCAAGGCUAACCCAACCCUUCGGCUACUCUUUGAACCAAAAAUUGCAUCUGGAUAAACAUAAAGACACAGCCACUGGGAGGACGGGUCGCUCGCCAGAGCCAUUUUAUGAAGAUGGCAAUGCAUAUAUAAGAUCAAAAGAAAUGAAAUUAAUGCUAAUUUAUUGAAGGCUAUAAGAGUAAAAAAAUCAGGAGAAGAAGUUAAAAAAAUUGUGAAUUUAAAAGAUUUUUUUGAAGAUUUGCCUUCAGAAUCAGAAGGAAAAGAAAGCAAAAAAAGCUUAAUUGAAAGUAUGAAGAGCUAUAUGAAGAUUUUCAGAGAUUUUGUAAGGUGAGACAAAGAAUUUGAGAAAGAGGAGUAUACUGAAGAUCAAAUUUAUAGGGAAAUAGUAAAAUAUCUAAAAUUAAAUUAGAUUAAGUUAGAGUAGGCCUUGGAGGGUUAUUUUAGCCCUCUAUCCACAUUGAUAGGUUUUUGUUCUUAACGGUCCUAGCACCAGUUUGUUUUAAACUUUUUUCUUCUAAUGUCACAAAAAAUUGGUGACGUCAAUAAUCUAUUGGGGAGACUCAAUUAACCCAUAUGGGCUAUUCUAGCAGCAGAAGUCUCUCUAAGCACCUAAGAUUAUGAGUAAAACGCUUAAUGCCUGCUUCUCAUUUAUCUGCCUUAUAAAAGCAACACAUUGCGCCUGCAUUUUGCGCCAUCGAUAUCUUAUCUGUGGGAUGAAAAACUUCUGGUCGUUCAUGGAAAAUAGUUUUUCGCCAUAUUAAUUGGUCUAUCUAAAAGAAGAAAGGAAAAUUGUAUUAUAUCAUUACACAAAAAUGCAAAAAUUGCUAUUGAAACUAAUGACUACGCAAUUAAAUAUAAGUUUAUAG